ACUAUAUAUUUAAAAAGAUAUUCAAGUUUGUAGAUUUAAAAUGGUGAAAUUUUCAAGGCAACUAGAAGCCCAAUUGAUACCAGAGUGGAAAGACGCGUUUGUGAACUACAGGCAACUCAAGAAGCAGGUGAAGAAGAUCAAGCUCUCGUUUCUCCGUCCCUCUCCUCCUCCAUCCGACGGAUCCGAGAGGGUCGGGUUCUCCGUUCUUGACCCGAUCUACGGCCUCUUCGGCCGUUACAACCGAAGCAAUUCGAACGAGGAGGAUGAAGAGAAUUUGUACGAGAUGGAUCUCGUUCGAUCAAGAGAAGCUGAGGUGAAGGAUUUUUUUGAGAAAUUGGACGAGGAGCUAGAGAAAGUGGAUAAUUUUUACACGUCUAAAGAGACUGAAUUUUCCGAGCGAGCUGAAAUUUUGAGCAAACAGCUUCAAAUCCUUUUAGACUUGAAGAAAAUACUCGACGAGCAUCGACGGCGACGACGACAGCACAAGCCUUUAGUAGAUAGUUCUCGCGGUAGCGGCAACGACCUCUUCGCUACUCUUAGCAACUCUUCAUCGUUUUCUGAAAAUGCAUGUGAUGACAUGCCAACGGAUGGAUCAAGCUCUCCGAUCACAGACGAGAUAAUAGCAGCGCUAGAACGGAACGGAGUGAGCUUCGUGGGCUCGGCACGGUCGAAAGCGAAGAAGGGCCUGAAGCCGAAGACGACGACGAUGAGGAUUGACAUUCCGGCAACCAACGCCACGAAAACGAUCUCGGCCGUUACUUCCAUGAUCUGGGAGGACAUCGUCAACGGUCAACAACGGAAAGAGGGGUCCCCCGGCGGUGGGGGGGAUAAUAUUAACCGCAAGAAAAUACAAUGCGCGGAGAAAAUGAUACGGUCGGCGUUUCUUGAGCUCUACAAGGGGCUCAAUCUUCUGAGGACGUACAGUUGGAUAAAUUUGUGCUAAUUGACUAUAUAUUUGUUUUGUUGAAAUGUGAAGGUAUCAAACCAAAGGGAUCCAGGUUCGUACUUGAAGAAAGUGAAGAGAUCACACUUCAUCAGCUCCGACAAGGUGGUGAGACUCGUGGAUGAAGUAGAAUCCACAUUUACAAAGCACUUUGCGAGCAAUGACAGAAAGAAAGCAAUGAAGUUUUUGAGGCCCCAACAACCCAAAGACUCUCACAUCAUUACUUUUUUAGUAGGUUUGUUCACGGGUAGCUUUGCUGCUUUAUUUAGUGUGUACGCAAUCUUGGCACAUUUAUCUGGAAUUUUCUCUACUUCAACUCAAGUUGGUUACAUGGAAACUGUUUACCCUGUUUUCAGCAUGUUUGCUCUUCUGAGCCUGCACAUAUUCUUGUAUGGUUGCAAUCUCUUCAUGUGGAAGGACACCAGAAUAAACCACAACUUCAUAUUUGAAUUUUCUCCAACCACGGCUUUGAAGCAUAGAGAUGCUUUUCUAAUAUGCACCUCUUUCAUGACUACCGUUGUCGGAGCUCUCGUCAUCCAAUUAGUGCUUAAAUCAUCAGGGUUUUCUAGAGAUCAUGUCGAUGCCCUCCCUGGCAUUCUCUUGCUGCUAUUCAUAGCAAUCCUCAUCUGCCCAUUUAAUGUUCUCUAUCGCUCUACCCGUUAUUGCUUCCUGAGAGUGAUGCGCAAUAUCAUAUUCUCGCCAUUCUACAAAGUGUUGAUGGUGGAUUUCUUCAUGGCAGAUCAGCUCACUAGUCAGAUACCAUUAUUGAGGCAUAUGGAGUUCACAUCAUGCUAUUUUGUGGCAAGUUUGCUGAAAUCAGACCCAUAUGAGACUUGCACUCGUAGCCAUCAAUACAAGCUCUUGGCUUAUGUUAUAUCCUUUCUUCCGUAUUAUUGCCGUGCAAUGCAGUGUAUAAGAAGAUACAUUGAAGAGGGAUACGAUAUAAAUCACCUAGCAAACUGUGGAAAGUAUGUAUCGGCUAUGCUUGCAGCUGCUGUUCGAUGGAAAUACGCUGUGAAUCCUUCUAUGUUUUGGUUGGUUAUGGUUAUUAUGACAUCAACGAUGGCUACAUUUUAUCAGUUGUAUUGGGAUUUUGUCAAGGAUUGGGGUUUAUUUGAUCUGAACUCGAAAAAUCGAUGGCUUAGAGAUGAGCUUAUACUGAAGAACAAGAAUGUUUACUAUGUGUCUAUUGUUUUCAAUUUUGUUUUGAGGCUUGGCUGGAUAGAGACUAUUUCUCGACUGAGUCUCGGUCCUGUUGAGUAUCGGUUAGUGGAUUUUCUGCUAGCUUCGUUGGAGAUAAUUCGACGAGGACACUGGAAUUUCUACAGGUUGGAGAACGAGCACCUGAACAAUGUUGGCAAGUUCAGGGCAGUGAAGACUGUACCAUUGCCAUUUCGUGACAUGGAAUCAGAUGCCUGAGGAAAUUAAGCUCUGACAAUGUAUGUACAUAGAUUCAAAAGGAAACUGAAAUGAUUCUGAUGAAAUUGGCCUGUAGCGAAUUAACACUCGAAAUUGUCGAAGAUUUCUUCAGAUUCAUGAGGCUCGGUCGCUUAUGAUCAAGAUCGAGAUGACUUGAACAAGGGGAGGGAAGUACUGUUGAGGUGAAGAGAAUUGAGUUAAGAUGACGAUAAUGUCCUACUCAAGGGGAGAAGUCUUGUUGUGAAUCGCACACGUAAAAGUAGAUGUUUUAAUUUGUACUUGUACUUGCAUUAGCAAUAAUGAGGUUUAUAAUUGAAGAAAUUUUGAAAGAAAUGUAGAACAAAGU